GAUGCUUUGCAUGUGGAAUGGAAAAUGGAUUCCGAGUUUAUAAUGCAGAUCCACUCAAAGAAAAAGAGAAACAAGAGUUUCUAGAAGGUGGUGUUGGCCAUGUCGAAAUGUUGUUUCGUUGCAACUAUUUAGCACUAGUAGGUGGAGGGAAAAAGCCAAAGUACCCACCUAACAAAGUAAUGAUCUGGGAUGACCUGAAGAAGAAGACCGUCAUUGAGAUAGAGUUUUCUACAGAAGUCAAAGCAGUUAAGCUGCGAAGAGAUAGAAUUGUGGUAGUCUUGGACUCGAUGAUUAAAGUUUUCACAUUCACACACAAUCCCCACCAGUUGCACGUCUUUGAAACCUGCUACAACCCUAAAGGUCUGUGUGUCCUUUGUCCAAAUAGUAAUAAUUCUCUUCUUGCAUUUCCUGGAACACAUACUGGGCAUGUGCAGAUAGUGGAUCUCGCUAAUACAGAAAAGCCUCCUGUCGACAUACCGGCUCAUGAAGGAGUCUUGAGCUGUAUAGCGUUAAACCUGCAGGGAACAAGAAUCGCAACAGCAUCAGAAAAAGGGACCCUCAUAAGAAUAUUUGAUACUUCAUCAGGGCAUUUAAUCCAGGAACUACGAAGAGGAUCACAGGCAGCCAAUAUAUACUGUAUUAACUUCAAUCAAGAUGCUUCCCUAAUCUGCGUAUCCAGCGACCACGGCACAGUACAUAUUUUUGCUGCAGAAGACCCUAAAAGAAAUAAGCAGUCAAGUUUGGCCUCUGCCACCUUUCUCCCCAAAUACUUCAGUUCCAAAUGGAGUUUUUCCAAAUUUCAGGUUCCCUCAGGCUCUCCGUGCAUUUGUGCCUUUGGAACAGAGCCAAACGCUGUCAUAGGUAAGUACUGGAGGCUUCCCCAGGUUCUGUCUGGAGAACGAGGUUUUGCACUACACUGGCUUUGAGCUGGAGGGA